ACGACGUAUCCCUCCAUACACCAACACCACAGGCCAGACUAGGCACAGACUGUGCACACAUCUUUCUCUGGUGUAUGCUCAACUCCAUAAUAACAUAAAAUAAUGGUUUUGAUUCUGUUCGUGUCUAAAAUGUCAACGAGAUGGGAACUAUUAUUAUUGUUGUAAUUUUGUUUAUGUGAUUGUGUUUUAAUUUUGUGUAAGUUUAAUGUUUUAUGAAUGUGAAAUGACGAUCUCUUUCGUGAACUGCUAAAAACGAUUUUGAGUCGUUCAUUGUUUAUUUUCUUCCAUCAACAAACAUGGCAGUUGACAGUAUGUCCGAUGAUUCUUCUGCAGACUCCGUUAAAGUAGUCGAUAACAGCCGAUUAGAUAAGAAAAAAAAGAAAAAGAAACACAAGCAUAGAAGUGAACGAAAACAUAAAAAAACGAAGAAAGAAAAUGGAGAAACCAAAUUGAAGGAUAAGAAGAAAUCAAAUGGUGACCAUAUCCAAAAUGGUAAACAAAAAAGACCACCAUCUCCACCCCCAACUGACAAUAGUAAAAAGAAAAAAAUUGAAGGACCCAUAAUAACAGAAAUCAACUUGGAUGAAGAAGAAAUGAAUUUAGAAGAACUAAUCAAGCAAAAGGCUUUACUUCAAGCCAGAUUAGGAGCUUAUUUAUCAGAAUCAGAAGAAGGUGAUAAAACCAAUAAAAAAAAAAAGCCAAGCGCUAAAAAAUCAGUUGAAACCAUUAACCUAAUUGAUGAUGAAUCAGAUGAAGAAUACAAAAAUAAGAAUUCUGAACGUGUAAGAAGUCCAUUAAAACGUUAUCAUGGUUCCAGUCAAGAAAUUAAGAAAACAAGAGAUAGAAGUGUAAGUAAAGACUUAACUCAUUUAAAGUCAGAUCGUAUAAGAAAAGAAAAAGAACGUGAAAAAGAAAGAGAUCGUGAUAAGGAAUAUGAAAGGAAUCGAGAAAAAGAAAAAGACAGACAAAGAAAAAUUAAACAUUUGGAAGAUGAAAAGCGACGUGAAAUAAGACGAAAAGAAGAGGAAAUCAAAAAAAGAGAAGAUGAUUUAAGGAGGCGUGAACAAAGAAGACGAGAUGAAGAAAUAAAAGAUAUAGAAGAAGAAGCAAAAAGACGAGCAGAAGAAGUAAGAAGACGAGAAGAACAGAUCAAGCAACGAGAAGAUCAAUUAAGACGGAGACGAGACCGUAUUAAAAGUCCUAUACCUAAUAGAGACCGUGCAAGAAGUCCACCUGGUCCCAAUAGAUAUCGUGACCGUGAUCGAGAACGUGAUCGUGAUAGAGAGAGAGAUAGAGAUAGAGAUAGAGAAAGAGAUAAGAGAUAUAAUAGAAAAUAUGAUAGGAGAUCACAUAGUAAAGAACGAUAUUCUAGAUCUCAUAGAGGAAAAGAUAGAGGAGAUAAAUAUAAAGACAGUUUUUCUGAAGGUCUUAAGCGUGAUGAUAAGUCAUCUUCAGAUUCUGACAUUGAUGUAAAUAUAAAUAUUGCGGAAGACGAAAACGAAGAAGAAAUUAUUGAAAAAAGAAGAAAGCAAAGGGAGGAAUUAUUGAAGAGGUUAGGAGCAAAUAAUAGUAAUUUGCAUAGUGAAGAUUCUAUGAAUCCUUCUCCACAUGGAAGUUACGCUACUGAAACAUCUAUUCAACAUUCGCCAGAACUUCCAUCUCCUAAAGAAACUGAUAGAAUAUUAAAUGAUUCUGAUUCAGCAACAGAUAAAGAGACCACAAAGCCUGAUCAUGUAUUAAAUCCUGAUUUAAUAAAAGGCAAAUGGGAUAUGUUUGCAGAGGCUGAUUCAUUUCAUGCUACACAACAUACUCCUCAACCAGAUGGUAUAUCCAAUGGAAACAAGAGUGUACCAGAAAAUCCUUCUUUAACUGAUAACUGGGAUGAUGCAGAAGGAUAUUAUCGCGUAAGAAUUGGUGAAACAAUGGAUUCACGUUAUACUGUCUACGGAUAUACUGGGCAAGGAGUAUUUUCUAAUGUUGUUCGUGCUAGAGACGCGGCUCGCGAUAAUCAAGAUGUGGCUGUUAAAAUCAUACGAAACAAUGAAAUUAUGCACAAAACAGGAUUGAAAGAAUUAGAAAUUCUUAAACGGUUAAAUGAUUCUGAUCCUGACGAUAGGUUUCAUUGUCUACGUUUAUAUCGUCACUUUUUCCACAAGCAACAUUUAUGCAUGGUUUUUGAACCUCUCAGUAUGAAUCUUAGAGAGGUGUUGAAGAAAUAUGGUAAAGACAUUGGAUUGCACAUUAAAGCUGUUCGUUCAUAUAGUCAACAGUUGUUUUUGGCAUUGAAAUUGAUGAAAAAAGCAAAUAUAUUACAUGCUGACAUCAAGCCUGAUAAUAUUCUGGUGAAUGAAAGUAAGUUAGUACUGAAAUUGUGUGAUUUUGGAUCAGCAUCACACAUAACUGAUAAUGAAAUUACACCCUAUUUGGUCAGUCGAUUCUACCGGUCCCCUGAAAUAAUUUUAGGUAUUCAGUGUGAAUUUGGCAUUGAUAUGUGGUCUGCUGGUUGUACUAUUUAUGAACUUUAUACUGGAAAAAUAUUAUUUCCAGGCAAAACUAAUAACCAAAUGUUGAAAUAUUUUAUGGAUUUGAAAGGAAAAAUGGCUAACAAAACUAUUCGGAAGGGAAUGUUCAAAGACCAACAUUUUGAUAGCAAUUGUAAUUUUCUGUAUCACGAAGUUGACAAAGUCACAGAACGAGAAAAAGUUAUAACCAUGUCUUCGAUAAAUCCUAGUCGAGAUUUAUAUACUGAAUUACUGGGAAACCAAAAAUUACCAGAGGAGCAAAUUCGUAAAGUUGGACAAUUGAAGGACUUGCUUGAUAAAAUACUGACUUUGGAUUCUUCAAAACGCAUUGGCAUAUCACAGGCUUUGAAGGAAAGCUAACUCGAAAAAUCAUACAACACUAGGAAUUGACAAAAUCAUUUCUCCUCCAAUGUUUAUUUGGUAAUUAAACGAUUUUGAUCAGGAAAUCUAAAUUUAACGCUUGAAUUAGAAAAUGUUAACAACACCAACACUUAAGCCAAUUUAAUUACCUGUUAUAGUUUCCUUCUAUAAUUGUUGGUCUAUACUUGGUUGGUUUGUGGCAGUUCCAGAUUUAAACUGAAUAUGAUAGAUGAUUGAGCCUAGAAUAUUAGAUUAACUAUUCAUUUCCCCAAAAAAUUGUUCUGAUCAUUUUUUUAUUCAAUGGAAAAUUACUAAAAAAUCUGGAGUUGUCACUAAUAAGGAAUCUCAAACAACCUAUCCUUAAAUUAAUUAGGAUUCAGUAAAUAUUUACAGUUUUAAUUUCUUUGUGAGUCGUUAAUUUUUCAGGGUUACCAAACAGAGAGAUAGAGAGAAGGGCAAAUCAGAAUGGCUAUUGUAUCCAUAAUUGGUAUCCAUACAGGUAAUAAAAUGAAAUAUUACAUUUAAAAAAUGGAUUAAUUAAUUUGGAAAUUAUUUCAAAUAAUUUUAAUACAAGCUUUCUUAUUACUUUUAAGAAUACUUCUAAAUAUUGUAAUUAUUGUAGUGAAACUAUUUCAUUUUCAUUGAUUACGUGUAAACAUGUACAACAUUGUUUACUUUCAACAUUCCUUUAAACCAAUUACCUGUUUUAAUAGGUUGUAAGUGAAGUAUGUCAUAAUAUAUUGUGGGUAUUACAUUUAAUUAUAUUUUUUUAUCGUGAUAAAUGUAUUAUUUUAAAUUUUGAACAGAACAAAGAAGUUUUAUAACUAUGUUUUUUCCUCAGAAAAUAAUAUUGAAAGUAAAAAAGCUCAAAAACUUUUUCAAAAUUAAUUUGAUAGAAAAGAGAGGAGAACCCUAGUUAUUAUUGCAAGUUUUUUAAAAAUUGUAAGAAACCGAAAAAAAAAUGUGUUUGUAUAUUUAAUUAAAACAGUAGCUUGGUACACAGAUGGCUAACAUCCAAUAUCACUUUUUUUUUUUUUUUAAUUGAGAUUAACAGCCUACAGGUUAAGCCCCAAUGUUGAAAAACAAUUAUUAGUUUAUCAUUAAGUAUAAUAUGUUGGGUUAACAGACCUCACAUUAUUAAUUUAUAACAGGCUCAUGUAGGAUCUUGAAGAAUCGACCUUUUAUGUAAUUUUCUUCAACAUAGUAGAGUCUUUAUAACUUGUAUUAUGUUUUCUUAUGGUAAUAUUUCUAAGUAUAGAACAAAAUUAUUUAUAUGGUAAUUUAUUUUAUGCAUUUAUCAUUAUUGACCAUACAAAUGUUAGUAAAAUCUUAGAAGAAUCAAUCAGAAAUUAUUAUGUUAAGUCUCAACCCCUCCUCCUCAUGGGGCUUAACCUGUGUAAGCAAAAAAAA